AUGGCAUACACCACAAAGUACCACGAAGAUUCGGAUGCCGACGACGAGUUUGAGCGCCAGGCCAUCUCCAGCCCGACCCUGCCCGUCGAGUACGAAAGCUCACCCACCAGCUCCGGCCCGCUCAGCACCGAACACACGCCCACCACCUUUACCCAUUCUCGCGACAGCAAGAGCAGCCCAACGGGGCACAUCAUGGAGUGGAAUGAAGACCAGACGGCCGACUUCAUAGCCGACCUCGGCCUCGAGCAAUACUCGGACACCUUUGCUAAUGAGGGCAUUACCGGAGACGUACUGGCCGCACUACAGCAUGCGGAGCUGAAAGAACUGGGCGUGGGCAGUGUGGGCCACCGUCUCACCAUCCUCAAGGCCGUCUAUGACAUCAAGAUACGGCAGAAUGUGCCCAUGGACCCUGAUGACUACGUUCCAUUGUCUGCCGACACAUCGGCACAGGAAGCCCCGCCUACACAAGACGACUUUGCCAGAGUCAUUCGAGUAGUCCAAGCGCGUGACGAACGCAUCCAUACAGCCGAAUCGGAACUGCGCCACCUCCGAGAAGACCUCAGCCGCGUCAUGGACGAGAAUAAGCGCCUGCGCGAGGAGAUAUUACCACUGAUUCGCAUGUUGAAAGACAACCAGCCACUUCCGACUCCCCAUGAGCACACUCUCACCUCCCCACCAGCAACUCAAGAGAGAUCUGCUGGAAGCAGUCUGUCGCGUAAGUUCUCCACCAAGAAGCUUUUCCUUGGGUCCGCGCCAAAAAACCCCUCUCCAACCAUCCAAGAGCAUCGUGCCCUUGUCGAUCAUUCUUCGUUGGAUCCCUCAGCAGCAGCCGUCGCAGCUUCCUCACACCUCACAGCAUCUCUCGGCAGUGGCGGCCCACAAAUGUCGCCCAACUCCAUUGCCCAACCCUCGCCUACAUCGCCCGCAUACACACAAUCCUCAAGUCGCCAAUACAGCCGCGACAUACCCCGCAGCCACGAUCAUGACACAAACUCUGGCUGGAGCCAAACCAACACAUGGAACUCCGACGCCAACUCCAUAUCCGACCGGAACCGCGAUCCCCGCGCCACUCCCGCACCACUAUCCUCACGACCUAUGCGAAACAAUGCUGCGCCAACACCGAACCCCGAAGAACGCGAUCCUCCACUUUCUGGUGGCUCCAGCUCAAUGAACGCCCCCACAUCGGGCACUUCCUCUUCCACACCCUCCACGAACCCGCAAGUCGAAAUAUUCAAGUCGUUCCGCGUUUCCAUCGAUGACCCUUGUCACAAGGUCCUUCCCGUUGCGCUCAAGAAAUACAACAUUACAGCAGAUUGGCGACAAUAUGCUUUGUAUAUUGUUCACGGCGAUCAAGAGCGUUGUUUGGGACUGAACGAGAGGCCGUUGAUCUUGUUCAAACAACUCGACAAAGAAGGCCGCAAACCCAUGUUCAUGCUUAGGAAGCAUGCCGCACCACAAGAAGGUCACGUUAGUACCGUGGGCGGCAACGACGUACGGCCUGUAAACCCCCAGACAGAGAGCUUUGGAUGGGGCAACCAGAACAGAGGCACUCCUCUGCCUGGCGGCGUGCUGUAG